GACUCGAUCAACACCUCAAGAAAGAAAUCCGUGAAAAGAUGAACUUCAGGAAAUGCGUGCAAAAGCUGGCCGCUCACCUCUUCUGCUCAGAGCCUCUACAAGAUGGCGUACGGAUUAGUCCUGGGAAGGAUGUAGCCGUCAGCAGCGGGAACCUCGACGCGGCGCGCAAGUACGUGAACGCCGUCAUGCGGCGCCUUCGCCGCGACAUCCUCGUGCAAGGCGUUGUGACGGCCGAUCUACAAAGUUCGGUCGACGACCACUCGGCAUGGGAGCUGGUGAGCGGCAAGAUCUGGGGCCUAGAACGGAUCAGCCACGACGGCAUGCCUUGGCCGCUGAAGUCACCCUCGGGCGACGGUGAUGUCGACGACGUCGGCUCACCGGAGCGCUUCGACGUAGCCGCCGUCGUGCUGCUGCACGACAUCUGCUUCGAGGCGACGUACAACUACAAGAGCGCCACGCAAAUGGCCUCCGGUCAGGUCUCCGGGAAAAUUGCGAUUGUGCGGCUCGACAUGAUCAUUGGCCACCCCCAGGGACCGGGAGGCGCUCCUGAGGCCCACGUGUUCGAGGUGACGGAGUACACACGCGUGGGCAUUCCGAAGAAAAGCGUUGGUGUUCUCAACGAGAAGAUAAUCAGCGAGGCCACCGAAAAAUUUGUGCACACGUGCAUCGAGGAUGCCAUGUCCUACCGCGUCCUACCCGUGCUCAACAAUCUGCUCAAGGCCAUCCCUUACCCAGACUUCACCUGAUGUGCCACAGUGGAAUAAAUGGAUGAUCUCUACGAGGAUGUCUGUAAUGUUUUUCCAAGUUCAUGGCGUUGCUUUUAAGCCACAACAUCUGAAAGUUUCCGGUCACAAGACUCACCUCACAUGCGCAUUGCGUUGAAGAUCCGUAAAAAUAAAUGUGACAAUACUG